AUGUCGGACGUCCAGAACACACCCGCUCCUGUCACCGAGGCCGGCGAGGCCACCGCUCCCGCGGCCGCCAUUAACGCAGACACCACCGCUCCAGUUGCCAGCGAGACCAAGCCGGAGGCUACUACAGAGACCUCAGCACCUCCCACCACCACCGAGGAGGCCACUCCCGCCGCAGCUGCUCCCACGGCCGAGGAGACGAAGGAGGAGAAGACCGUGGAGCCCAUUAUUGAGGGCCAGCUCGCCUACAAGGGACCAGGUCUCGUCAAGUAAGUGAGACGAUUUCUGAUCUGUCGUGUUUUGCCGCAGAGCAGCACCAGCAUGACAUGGACACUGGGGCUGAUUAUCCUGCAUAGAUCCCUCAUUCCCAGCAAGAAGGAGUUCUGGUUGAACGACGACGCCGUUUCCCCCUCGAACCUUGGCCUCUACCUCCGCGGCGAGAAGCCAGAGAUUGCCAACUCUGUCGUCGCCUGGGCGUCUCAGACCGGCAAGGGUCUCCUCUUCUUCAACAAGAAGGGCGAGACAGAACGCAGCCACCCAGCCGAUGUCCUUGCUCUCUACGAUGCCACUGACCUCAAGAAGCAAUCUCCUCACGAGUUUUCCCUCAAGAUCAACGGCCACAACCACACUUUCAAGGCCGCCAACGACGCCGAGCGUGAUGGCUGGUACCAGUCGAUCGAGAAGGCCGUAGAGCUUGGCAAGGCCUCGAAAGAGGAGGUCCACAACAGCGAGGGCUACAAGGCCGAGCUCGAGAAGCUGAGUAAGUCGGAGCCUACCUGUCCUGGAGAACUCCCUACUGAUUCCGUUUCAGGCAAGCCAUCUACUGUCGCCGGCGCCGCUCUGCGCAGCCAGUCCAAGCCAAAGAAGAGCACUGACGCUGCCGACAAGACCGUCGAGCGCACCGGCUCUGUUGAGGAUGAGGACGUUGAGAAGAAGCAAAAGAGCCGGUCUACCUCCCGUGGUAUGCUCAACCGCCUGAAGGGCAAGAAGGAGGAGGUAGCCGAGAAGAAGGAGGAGAAGAAGGAAGAAAAGGAGGCGGAGAAGGAGGAGAAGAAGGCCGAGGAGACCGGCCCCGUGUCUGACUCUACUGAGGCCGCACCAGUCCUCGCUGGUGCAGCUGCUCUCGAGACACCUGCCGCUGCCGAGGCUGCCGCUGCCGAGCCAGCUGUCGAGACUCCCGCUGUGGAGGAGAAGGCCGAGAAGAGCAAGCCGGCCAAGCGUGGCAGCAUCUUCGGCCGUGUUUCUUCUGGCUGGAGUGGCCUGAAGAGCCCAGCCAAGGAGAAGGAGGCAAAGGAUGCCGAGCUCAAGGCUGAGCCGAAGGACGCCGCUGUGUCGGAGAACCCACCAGUCCUCCCAGAGACCGCCACCGCAGAGCCUGCUCUCGAGACCCCUGCCGUUCCCGCUGUCGAGGAGCCCACCGAGGCCAAGCCUGAGGCACCAAAGGACGAGACCGCGACCCCAACCAAGGAAAAGAGCAACUUCCUCUCCGGCCUUGGAUUCAUGAAGCGCAACCGCAGCGUCAGCCCAUCUACCCCGAUGAAGCAGGAGCCAGCCAAGAAGGAGACCGACGAGACUCCAGCUGAGGCCGUCAAGACUGAGGAGCCCGCCAUCGAGGGUGCUGCCGUCGAGACUGAGGCUGACAAGCCGGUCGAGAAGGCUGAGGAGCCAGCCAAGGCUGAGACCCCAAACAAGCGCCAGAGUGUCCUCGGUAGUCUCGGACGCCGUGCAAGCAAGGCUCUCAACCGCAUGCAGGCCCCCAAGAAGAGCGAGCCUACUGCUGCUGCCAGCACUGAGGCCAAGAAGGAGGAGACUACCGAGGGUGCCAAGGCUGCUGAGGAGACCCCCGUCGUCAACGGCGAGACCAAGCAGACGGAGGAGGUAUGUGCCGAGCCCAUACCACACAUUUGGCUACACGCUGAUCAUUCACAGGAGGCCCAGAAGAGCAUCGGCGACGUCGUGCCCGAUGCCGUCAACGUUGGCCAGCCUCAGGCUCAGCAGAGCGCCCCAACGGUGACUGCCUCCGCUUAA